GGCUGUCGUCAUCUGACAAAUAGUUCACGUUAUCUGUUAGGGCAAAGGUUGUUAAGCCUUAGGCAACAUGGUUCUAGCCCCAUUGGGUUAACGCCCGCUGAGUAAUGGUAACGGACUCCCCGUUAUCUUGUCGGAGCUUCAUUGAUCUUUCCCGCGGAAUUCAACUUUCGCAACUUUACAACCUGAAUAGCGUCACCAUGGCCGCCUCGACGAACCGGCUGCGAUUCCUUUAUUCCUCCUCGAGGACAAUCCCUCAUACAGGCUCCUUUGCCCCCAUUUGCCGCCGUACCUAUGCCACAACAGACCCAUCACCGUCCGCCACCGGCGCCCCGGCAACGCCGCGCAAACAGACAAAGUUCACAGACAAGUUGAACGCCGGCCCUUCCUUCGCAGAUUUCGUCUCCGGAGGCGCUGAUAACUCCCCGCUCGAUUCAUCCGAAGCCUAUGCCCUCAAAACCGCCAUGGUCGGCCCCGCCGGCCGCAAGAAGGAAAUGACCCGUUUGCCCUCGUGGCUCAAGACCCCAAUCCCAGACUCAAAGAACUACCAGCGCUUAAAGAAGGAUUUGCGAGGCUUGAAUCUGCACACUGUUUGCGAGGAGGCUCGAUGCCCCAACAUCUCCGAUUGCUGGGGCGGUAGCGACAAGUCCGCUGCUACCGCUACGAUCAUGCUCAUGGGUGAUACUUGUACCCGUGGGUGUCGGUUUUGCAGUGUGAAGACCCUCCGCAAGCCUCCUCCGCUGGACCCGCAUGAGCCUGAGAAUACGGCCGAGGCGAUCUCGAGGUGGAGUUUGGGAUACGUGGUUUUGACCAGUGUGGAUCGUGACGAUCUGGCCGAUGGUGGCGCUCGCCACUUCGCCGAGACGGUUAUCAAGAUCAAGCAGAAGAAGCCCAGUAUGCUGGUCGAGUGUUUGACGGGUGAUUACUCGGGUGAUCUGGAUAUGGUGGCCCUGGUGGCUCGAUCCGGACUGGACGUGUAUGCGCAUAACGUUGAGACCGUCGAAGCUCUGACGCCGUUUGUUCGGGACCGUCGUGCUACGUUCCAGCAGUCGAUCCGUGUUCUGGAGGCUGCGAAGAAGGCUAGUCCUGGUCUUAUUACGAAAACUUCUAUUAUGCUUGGUUUUGGAGAGACGGAGGACCAGAUCUGGGAUGCGCUCCGGCAGUUGCGCGCUGUUGAUGUUGAUGUCGUGACCUUCGGUCAGUAUAUGCGUCCUACGAAGCGCCAUAUGGCUGUUCAUGAAUAUGUUACUCCUGACCAGUUUGAGCUCUGGCGCCAGCGCGCCCUAGAUAUGGGCUUCCUUUACUGUGCGUCUGGUCCUUUGGUGCGCAGUAGUUACAAGGCUGGUGAGGCAUUUAUUGAGAAUGUGUUGAAGAAGAGACGGACUGCUGGUACUACGGGCGAGUCUGUCACUGAUCGGAAGAUUGCUGCUGAUGAGGCUACCGGGUGAUUGGUAUCAGGUCAUGUCGUUUUUGCAUUACUUUCUACAUCUUGGCGCAGGUUUACGUUUGCAUUUGUUGCUUCCAUUGCAGCUUAAAUUCUAUCAUUUUUCUGAAAUGUGUUGGUAUCGAUGGAGGUGGUCCGUCAUCUGGAUAUAUUCGUUACUUGGGUUUUGGGAGGUAAAAAUAGAAA